AUGGCCACAAUAGCUCACGCGCCUCCAGCUUCCACUGCAAUGACCGACCAACCACAUCAUCCUGCCAAAAUCAACCCCGAUACAAGGGAGCUCGCUCGUUCCCUCACAAAAAACGGGCUUGCCGACGCCUCCCUCGACACUAGCGAGGCUCACCAAACGUCCCAUUCGAUUCUCCAACCGGUCGCGACACCACCUCUGGAGGUGCAGCCGUCGGGGUCGAAUCAGUCACCUCAGUCGCCCCGCUCUCUUUCUCACCGAGGUUCGUCCUUGCUAAAAUCCAUCAUGGUCAAGGGGUUCGGGCAUGGGGGCUCGUCGGGUCACGCGCGUGGCGCGUUCACACCGGUGCGGGAGCCCGUGGGCAGGAGGCUGGAAUUGUCAGGCCAACAACCGGUAGAGGCGCCCGCAUCUGUGAAACCGGUGACGUUGACGCGGCCCCCGUCGUCGAGUGGCAAGCAUGGCGAAGGCAGCACGCGCCGCCACCUCGUCAAGAUGGCGACGAUGCGAAAUGCAGUCACCCAUGCUGUCCUCGGGGGUGAGAGCAUCAACAACGUGAACGAGCCAACCGUGUCGGCACGACGUCUUCGCCGGCCCAGCCAUGCAUUCGUGCGGAUAGAUUCGUACAAUUUUAACCACAAAUCUGCGGUUGUGGUCCCAGACGCCCCCGACCGCGUCGACAUUCCCUCAACUCGAAAAACCAUGACCAAUCGGGCGAGUGUGCUUCCCCAGAUUGGCAGCAACCCGCACAGCAUUGACGUUGCCGCGAAAUCGUUUAUGAUCAGCACCAAGCUGCGGAAAAAAGCCCAGCACAUUCGCACCACGAGGCGGGAAACGUGGCAAAAAAAGCAAGUGGAAGCGCAGGGCAUCCUCCUCCGGCAUAAAAAGGUGCUGGAGCAGUACAAUAUUCGCACGGUGCGGCGCGAGGAGCUCCAUGAGGCAAAACCAACGCUCACUGGCUCGAACCGCUUCCUCAUUUUGCCCACGUACGGGUGGUACAAGGGCUGGCAACUGAUGACGCUCGUGAUUGUGUUACAUCAAAGCGUGUACAUCCCGUACUCGCUAUCGUUUGAAUCGUCCAACGAUACCCCCGUCACAGGCACACCGCUGACAAACUUUGUCAACAUUGUGUUUGGCCUGGACAUGCUAUUUAAUUUCAAUACGGCGAUUUCCGAUCCUGAUGCCCCCGACAUCCUCAUCACAAAUCGAUGGAUUAUUACCAGGAGGUACCUCACCGGAUGGUUCAUCUUGGACCUCUUGGCGUGUUUACCCAUCGACAUGAUUGUCGACUUCUUACUCCACAACAACCAAGACAUCUCGGCACUAUCCACAUCGGCGUCGUCGUCGUUUUCGAGCAACUUGAACGUGUUUGCCCUGCUCAAGGUCCUGCGUCUGCCGCGGCUAUUUCGGCUCGCGCGGUUUGUUCGGAUCUUGCGGCUGCUGCGUAUCCCCCCAGAACUUAAACGAUGGCUGCUCUACUCUCGAUACGCGCACUUGAUCCGGGUGGUGCAGCUCAUCGCGUCGUUCGUAUACUGCACCCACAUCCUCAACUGCGUGUGGAAUGCACUCAACACAGACUGGGUGCACGACGUAUUUCCGUCCAACACGGUGUCCAACAUCUACGUACUGGGUUUCUACUACACCCUCACAACGCUCAUGGGGCAGAGUAUUCCGUUGCGCACGGAGACGCAGUACACGUUUUCGUGUCUUGUGAUUGUUGUGGGGGCCCUGCUCAUGGCCAUGGUGUUUGGGAACGUGUCCGACUUGAUUUCGAAUUUCAACGAAAGCCCCAACAACUACAGGAAAAAGAUGGAACAACUGCUGUCAAGCAUGAACCUCAUGCGGCUCCCCCUGGACUUGCAGAAUCGCAUCAACGAGUACUACCAAGUCAUGUGGGAGCGCCACGGCACCCUCGACGGCCAGCCGCUUGUGUUUACAAACGAACUAUCCAAAAACUUGGCCGUGGAAGUCGAGCUGUUUGUGCGCAUGGACAUGAUCAACCGCGUGCCGGUGUUUCAGCAGUGCUCGAAAAAAGUAGUCCAAGACCUGGUCAUGAACUUGGAGUUGCAAGUGUACUUGCCGGGCGACUACAUUGUCGUCAAGGGCGAGGUCGGGAUGGACAUGUAUUUUGUCCAAAACGGCGAGUGCGAAGUGACCAAGCCCCCCGCGACGCGGCUCGGCAACGACGAAGUGCUCAAGAAGCUGUUCCAGGGCGACUACUUUGGCGAGAUUGCGCUGCUCAUGAACUGCAAGCGCACGGCGAAUGUCCGCGCGAUCACGUUUGCCGAGCUGUGUGUGCUUAGCCGCUCCGUGUUUGAGCAAAUCACAGACAAGUACGCUGAAGACCGCGAAAAGAUCGAAACGUUCAUCACCGAAAUGUACGACCCCAAGGUGCUUGAAGCCAUCAUGAAGCAGCAGUCGCUGGACAAUCCCGAAAAGACGUUCCAUGCGCGGCUGACCAAGCAAAUGGCCGAGAUCUUUGACUUUAUGGAAGACUCGGCGAUCCGCAUGGAGCGAUUAGAGUGGAUGAUCGAGUCGAUGCUCGGAAGGGGGGCGUCGUCCACGUCCAACCUCCACGCCAACGCGUCCCAGGCAUCGAUGCGAAAGGAGUCGUAUUCGGGGCGGCAUCGGGGGACGAUUGAAAGCAACGACGAGAUGCGAAAGGCGAUUCAAGACGUGUCGUCGGUUCUGGAGCACCAAGAACGAAUAUACAACAAGGACACGUCGUCUUGA